GAUUGCGGUACUGGUUCCGGAGGUACCGUGAGCGCCCCAUACAUCCGGUCACUGGGUUUCUGCUCUCUGGACUAGGUUCCGCGGCUGCUGCUUGGAAGCGCGACUAGGUCGCCGCUGUUGGGGCAAUUGUUUCAUUUGCUCCGACUGCGGGAGAGUGCUGCGAUGGCGGCCCCUGCGCAACCUAAGAAGAUCGUGGCCCCCACGGUGUCCCAGAUCAACGCGGAGUUCGUGACGCAGUUAGCCUGUAAAUACUGGGCUCCUCACAUUAAGAAAAAAUCACCUUUUGAUAUAAAGGUUAUUGAAGAUAUAUAUGAGAAGGAGAUUGUCAAGUCAAGGUUUGCCAUCAGAAAGAUAAUGCUGUUGGAAUUUAGCCAGUAUCUCGAGAACUAUCUAUGGAUGAAUUAUUCCCCAGAGGUGUCCAGCAAGGCCUACUUGAUGUCCAUCUGCUGUAUGGUGAAUGAGAAGUUCAGAGAGAAUGUGCCUGCAUGGGAGACUUUCAAGAAGAAGCCAGAGCACUUCCCCUUCUUCUUUAAGUGCAUUCUGAGAGCAGCACUAGCAGAGACCGACGGUGACUUCUCUCUCCAUGAGCAGACAGUGCUGCUGCUCUUUCUGGAUCACUGCUUCAACAGCUUGGAAGUAGACUUGAUCCGAAGUCAGGUCCAGCAGCUUAUCUCGCUCCCCAUGUGGAUGGGCUUGCAGCCUGCACGGCUGGAAUUAGAAUUAAAAAAGACACCAAAGCUGAGGAAGUUCUGGAACCUGAUUAGGAAGAAUGAUGAGAAGAUGGACCCAGACGCCAGAGAGCAGGCCUACCAAGAAAGGAGGUUUCUUUCACAGCUCAUCCAGAAGUUCAUCUCUGUGCUGAAAUCAGUGCCACUAUCUGAUCCGGUCACUAUGGACAAGGUUCAUUACUGUGAAAGAUUCAUUGAACUUAUGAUUGAUCUAGAGGCCCUGCUCCCCACGAGGCGCUGGUUUAACACCAUCCUGGAUGACUCUCACCUUCUGGUUCACUGUUACCUUUCCAGUCUUGUCCACAGGGAAGAAGAUGGCCAUCUUUUUUCCCAGCUUUUAGACAUGCUUAAGUUCUACACUGGCUUUGAAAUUAAUGACCAGACUGGAAAUGCACUGACAGAGAACGAGAUGACCACUAUUCACUAUGACAGGAUCACUUCUCUGCAGAGAGCUGCUUUUGCACAUUUCCCUGAGCUCUAUGAUUUUGCCCUCUCAAAUGUGGCAGAGGUGGAUACUCGGGAGUCCUUGGUCAAGUGUUUUGGACCUCUUAGUUCAAACACCCUCCACCAGGUGGCGUCAUACCUCUGCUUAUUGCCAACCCUUCCUAAAAAUGAGGACACAACUUUUGAUAAAGAAUUUCUUCUAGAGUUACUGGUUUCUCGCCAUGAACGUCGAAUUUCUCAGAUUCAGCAGUUGAAUCAGAUGCCUUUGUAUCCAACUGAGAAAAUUAUAUGGGAUGAAAAUAUUGUCCCAACUGAGUACUAUUCUGGGGAAGGUUGUCUUGCGCUUCCCAAGUUGAAUCUGCAGUUUUUGACUCUACAUGACUACCUCCUAAGGAAUUUCAAUCUCUUCCGCUUAGAAUCAACAUAUGAAAUCAGGCAAGACAUCGAGGACAGUGUCAGCAGAAUGAAGCCAUGGCAGUCUGAGUACGGUGGUGUAGUGUUUGGUGGCUGGGCACGGAUGGCCCAGCCCAUUGUGGCCUUUACUGUAGUUGAGGUUGCCAAGCCCAACAUAGGUGAGAACUGGCCAACCCGAGUUCGUGCAGACGUCACCAUCAACCUGAAUGUCAGAGAUCACAUCAAAGAUGAGUGGGAAGGUCUUCGUAAGCAUGAUGUCUGCUUCUUAAUUACCGUGCGUCCCACAAAACCUUAUGGCACUAAGUGUGACCGGAGGAGGCCUUUCACUGAGCAGGUCGGCCUGGUUUACGUUCGAGGCUGCGAGGUCCAGGGCAUGCUGGAUGAUAGGGGUCGCGUCAUCGAGGACGGACCUGAGCCCAGACCCAAUCUUAGAGGGGAGUCAAGGACAUUUAGAGUGUUUUUGGAUCCAAACCAGUAUCAACAGGACAUGACCAAUACAAUACAAAAUGGAGUAGAAGAUGUGUAUGAUACCUUCAACGUGAUAAUGAGGAGAAAACCAAAGGAAAACAACUUUAAGGCUGUGCUGGAGACUAUUCGGAACCUGAUGAAUACUGAUUGUGUGGUGCCUGACUGGCUGCAUGAUAUCAUCUUAGGUUAUGGGGACCCAAGUAGUGCCCAUUAUUCAAAAAUGCCUAAUCAGAUUGCCACCCUUGAUUUCAACGAUACCUUUCUCUCCAUUGAGCACUUGAAAGCCAGCUUCCCUGGUCACAAUGUCAAAGUCACUGCUGACGACCCAGCUCUGCAGAUACCCCCGUUCAGGAUAACUUUCCCAGUAAGAAGUGGAAAGGGGAAGAAAAGGAAAGAUGCAGACACUGAAGAUGAAGACACUGAAGAGGCAAAAACCUUGAUUGUUGAACCUCACGUCAUUCCCAAUAGGGGUCCUUACCCCUACAACCAGCCCAAACGCAAUACCAUUCAGUUCACUCAUACACAGAUAGAGGCCAUCCGCGCUGGAAUGCAGCCCGGGCUGACUAUGGUUGUGGGCCCACCUGGUACAGGAAAGACAGAUGUGGCAGUCCAGAUCAUAUCCAACAUCUACCACAAUUUCCCAGAGCAGAGGACACUAAUUGUCACUCACUCCAACCAGGCCCUGAACCAGUUGUUUGAGAAGAUCAUGGCUUUAGACAUCGAUGAGCGCCAUCUGCUGCGUCUUGGUCACGGAGAGGAAGAGCUAGAGACAGAGAAAGACUUCAGCAG